GGUGACUUAUGCCGAGCGCCCGCCAGCUGCCUGGCCUUCCCCCACGGGCAACCAACAUCUCGGCGGCCCUGCAGCAGGAGCCGGGUGCCCAUGGGCCACCGCUGAGCCCCCAGCCUCCUCCCUGCCUCAGGGCUGCUGGCCCAGGUACCCCAGGGCACCGGGGAGGCAAACGGGGCUGACGGGGAUUGUGCUUGCGUUUUUUGGAGGCGGCAGCAGGCAGGAAGGAGAGGGGAGUGGCGGCGGGUGCUGUGGCUCCUCAGGCACCAUUUCCCUAACUGUCCCCCUCUCCCCACGGCCCAGGAGCUAAAGGAAGAUGGCGUGCCUGCCCGCUGCCUCGCUGGCGUUGAGGAGGUGGCUGGGGCUUGGGCUCUUCGUGCUGCUCUGCCUCAGUUCAGGCUACACACUGGAGAAGAAAGUAGUCAAGAGCAAAGUGGGGGAAAAAGUUGGCCUGCCUUGUUGUCAUGAAAUUCCCAGCUGGGAAAGCCUACAUAAUUACCGGGUCUACUGGCAGAAGAAUACUACAGAAGUAGUGCUUGCCUACGCAGAGGGAAAGAAGAUCUCCAAGCAUGACCGGUACGAGAACCGGACAGAGAUGGACCCAAGGAACCUCACCCUGUGGAUCUCCCACAUGGAAAUCCUAGACAAUGGCCCUUACCAAUGUGUAGUUCAGCGCAGAAUUUCACAGAACUCAGUUGUUGUGUGUGAUGAGGCUGUCUCCCUCAUUGUUACAGCUGACUUCAGUGAGCCAAACAUAACAACAGAAGUAUCAGCUACUUCUUGUGAAUCAACUGAGAUGGUGGUAACAUGUUCUUCUCACGGAGGUUUCCCCAAACCCAGAAUCUCUGGAACCCUCAACAACAUGUCUGUGGUGUGGAAUGCCAUCUGGGUGUCUGAGUCCAGCUUCAGCCCAUACAACGUCACUGGCAAACAGUCGCUCAACGUGACCAAGGACACCAACAUCACUUGCUCUGUUGAAUAUGGUGGCCUUGCCAAGACCACCAGUUUGAUUCUGAAAAAAACAAAUUACUGCAUUGACCCUACUGUGCCUCCAUCUUAUAAUGUCAUUACUGCCUCAAGUAUCAUCAUUAUCAUCUUCCUUUUGGCUAUCACCCUAGCAGCAAGAUACCUCCCAAGGCAUGUCUGUUCUCACUGUUGUAAGCCUCAGGAUUCAGUGGAAGAGCGUGUGAAAGAAUAUACGAAGCCACCCAUGAGCUCUAAAGUGACAUCUGAAACAUCAUCUGUAUGAUCAGAUUGCAUUUGCAGGUUUCUUACCCUGUGUAUUGCGCACUGCAGUCCCCACUGUUUGUUGUACAGCAAUGCUUAUUGCGUUGACCCUUUGGCUCUCUGAAAGGGGAUGACAGCAGGAGAAAACUGCUCAAGAAGACUGACAACAUAAUCCUGUGUGAAUGAAUACAAACCCCCACCUACAGCACAGAAGCUGGGGGGCGGUCACAUUACGAUGGGGUCACUGGAAUUCCACCUGGGAGGACCCUCCGUGUUCCUGCAAUGGGGCAGGAGAAGAGCAUCGUCAGCAUUGUCACACCAGCUCAAGAGUUUGGGAUCCUCUGGCUUUGAUGCUGCCUCUGUGAAAAUCAGGGGGCCUGCAGAGCUCUAGCAGGUAGCCCAUGCCCCCUACCCCCUUCAGUAAUGCAGAGCUGACCCUGGGGAGAGCCCAGGCCCUGACACACAGUCACAAGUCGGGCUCUGCCUCCGUGUUGUGACUGGGAGCAGCUAAAACUUCUUUUAUAUUCAGCCUCACACGGAUAUGUACCAAUACUGUUGUUUGUGCUGGAAGACUUUGGAUUUUAACUUGACCAUUACAGAUACAUGUCCCUUCUCCCCUGAAGAGGCAAUAACGCAUACACUUCUCGUGAGGCAGCACCUUGAGGUGGGACUGGAUGCCUCGUGCUUAUUUCCAGUGCUAUGAGACUUCUUAGGGAAUGAUACAUACUGAAGGCACACCUAACAGCUAACUAAUAUUGCUUAUCUACAGCAGUGGCAGAAGUUCUCAUAACCUUUUUCUCCUGAAAGGACGGUCUUGCCAACCCAGGUCCCAAGAUACAGCUCCUCCGUUAAAUUACUCAGAGAUACAGGAGCACGUCUGACACAGCACAGCCUGCUCGCUGGGGGUGGUGCGUGUGACUGCACACAUGUGCACACCUUUGCGCAUACACAUGUACGAGCUUUUAUGUGCAUUCCUUGUAAAGCCCCAUUUACAUUUCUGUAACACUCAGUGGUUCUCUCACAUGUAUCUGUUGUAAUGAAAUGCAACUCAGGGCCUUGCUUCCUCAAAAUAGGUCUGCAUUUGCUUGUACAUUUGCCUAGGUAAGGCUCUCCAGGUUCUUGGGAGCUUCUCACAGUGACGUAGAGAUUUACUUUGCGUUGAAUGUUGCUGCUUUCUGCCAGCAUUGUUUCUACCCAGCCAGGACUUGAGGGAAGUCCCCUACAGGAUGCUGACAUUGGAUAGGACUCAUCUGAUCUGGGUGACAUUCUUGCCUACUGUGUAGGAAAAAGUGGUUUCUCAUUUUGACGGGAAAAGAGGAAAAAGCCCCAAGCCCCAAGAAGCUUCCUAAGCAACUCUGCAUACUAACCUAACUCCACCCUGCCCUGAGUUUGACAGGUUUGUUUCUCCCCUUUUGCUCUGUUCCACUGCCAGCUGUGCCCAUUCCCUGACUGCUCUAUCCACGUGUGUAGUUAACAGGGCAGACCAAAGCCUGAAAGCACCGUGUCGUCCCCUUUGUGAGAUGUUCUGUUGCUUGAGCCAUUUAUCUUGCUAGGACACAGCAAGGAAAUACUCCGUACACUUCACUUUUCUCAAGCAGGUACAUAUUGAGAGAGAAAUUGCUGGAGGAGAUAGGAGGGCCAAAAGCAGUUUAUAGAGGAUUGGACUAUGACAGCCUAAGGGAUCAUGUCUCCAAUAAAAAAUAAAGACACUGCUCCCUCUCCUGCAGUCAUGCUGCCCCAUCAGCUUUUUUACUGCUUUCCCAUUGUAUGAGGUAAAACGGGAACUUCAGAACAUCCUUAUGCAGGGGGGUUUUGACAGAGAAUGGGAGCUAAGGUGGGUGGCAGGGAAAGCGCACUCUUUGCGCUUGCGCAUUCUGGUUGCAAGCAGAACAUAGAUGACGCUGAAAGCAGUGUUUCCAAAAGGUAGCCUGACCUUAUUGCAGGACUUGGGUGUACGGGCAAUGAUGUCUCAUACUUUCCAUGUUUCCUUUUAUUUCAGUCUGUGCUUGUUCUUUCCAGCACAAACUGCUACCUUCUUGCAUGCUGGACACCCUCUUUCUGUAUUUUCUCAGCUCGUUUUCAACACUGGGCUUCCUUCCCUGCUAUAAGCACGACACAUUUCCACCUCGUCAACCACACCACAACUCUGCCAGACGCACCAGCUUAUUUUCCCUCUGACUGUCUCGUGCUCUGCUUCUGCUCCUGACUGACAAUUGCACAGCCUCCUGGAGAAGGCUUUGUCUUUUGCACCGCGCCAAACCUUUCUACAUCACCACAGACUCCUGUGACACUUUAAGUAACUUCUUCUAAAGGAAACAAAAAAGUUUCACUGACAAAUAUGUCUAGCAUCAGUUUUUAAUAUUCUUGAUGGGUGGGUUAUUUCAUUUAUUUUUUCCUUAAGCACUUACAUUAUGAAUCGUGGGUUUUAUUGCCUUAGGCUGUAUUGAGUGAAUUGCACACAAAUGGUUUCUGUGAGACCUUUUCAGCUUAAUAUCUGGGUCUUUGUCCUAGGUGAGCUGCUCUGUUUAUCACAAGUAUUUUGUCUAUAACGUUUUUUCCCCGGGGUUCCUCCUUUAAUUGUAUUGAAAAAUAAAUGGUAAACUUGGUUUCAUUUCCUCAGUAAU